AUGCUUUCGUUUCUAUCACGCCUAACAGGCGCAGAAGGCAAAGAUGCACAUCUCAAAAUCCGGAUGAAUCGAGACUACGUGUUUUUGAGAGGUGCAGCGGAUGAAGCUAGCAAGCAGCCCCUCGAAGGGGUUCUCAGUCUUCGUUUACCUUCAAGAGACCCAGCAGUUGGUGUGCGUCUACGUCUGGACGGCUUUCUACGUCGCAGGGACCAUGACACCAGUUCAAGGACGAUUGAUAGCUCAAUCACGAUUCGGGUAUUCGAGCAUGAAUGGCCGCCUUUCCUCAUCAACCACGGUCGAACAGAUGUCCACGAAGACGGUUUAGCAACUACCACUCACGAAUGGCCAUUCGAACUGUUUAUACCUGGGGACACGCUGGAAACAUUCCACGGUUGCAGCAGGUGCAGUAUCGCUUACCAGCUCACUGCCACGACAAUCCGAAGCAAGACGUCCUCUGCAACCCCGCAGACUUACAGGACGAUACGGAUAAACAGGACGCUGCCAAGUUCGGCGUUCGAGUUAAUGGACCCGGCGACGGUCGAAGGCACAUGGUCGGAGAGGUUGCGUUAUUCAAUUUCCAUCGGUCACCGUGCCAUUGCUCUUGGCACAGUUAUUCCUCUAGAAAUGCAUUUCACGCCGUUGAAGGCGGGGUUGAGAAUCUCGCGGGCGAGAUGCGUACUUCUAGAGUCACACAAAGUUGAAACUGGCAAAAACCAGCCAUCAGACUUCAUCGGCGAUCGAGACGUUACAGAGUGGGAGAUGUCCGUGAAGAACUACGAAAACUUGGAGCAAAGGCUCUACAAGACGUCGCAGAAUCUUCCGCUCCCCUCAGAACCAAAGCAAUGUUGCCCAGAUUUGGAAGCACACGAUAUCAGCAUGACACAUCUUCUUUCCAUCGAAAUCACCGUCCAAGAAUCAGAUAACAGUACUUUUGCAUUCAAGUACCGUGCCUCGUUGCCAAUAAUACUCUUCUCAUCACCUCAGAUGCCGAUCGAUGCAAACAACAAAUUCAUUCGGCCGCGGAGCCAGACCAUCAAUCCCGAUUUGACUUUGUUCAACGGGUUGGACGUGCCCCCUGUAUAUGGUGCACACUUACAGGACAGAAUUCUCAGCAACUUGAAGGAGUCAUUACCAGCCUAG